UAACUAGUGACGACCUUUUUGCCACGGCUCCCUGGUUCAUGUUUUGUUAGUUGCAUCGUUGGACUUGCUCCCAAAUGGAUUUAUCUGCAUAAACGGUUCCAGUCUUCCCCACGCCAGUCCUACUGAGAGGGGAGGAUGGCACAUCAACACCCCACAACAGAGCUUCCCCAGUGGACAGCAGUCCCAGAUGGGGACCCUGACUCAGAUUCCGACCGGGACUCUGGAGUCGGAGAGGAUGCUGGCGUUCACCAUGGCAAUGACAUUUCGCACCGGCAGGAGGGAGUUGGAGAGAGAGGCGGAGGGGAAGAGGGAGAUUUCAACAUCUUUGUUUCCUUUCGGGGAAACAUGGAUGAUGAGGACUUCCAAGAGAAACUUGACCACAUACUUAAAAGGAUGCCUAGUAUGCUUGAAUUGGACUCAGACAGACUGCAGCCACAGCGUGUGGAGCCGUGGAACAGUGUGCGCGUCACCUUUAACAUUCCCCGGGACGCGGCAGAGCGCCUCAGGCUGCUGGCCCAGAACAACCAGCAGCAGCUCCGAGACCUGGGCAUCCUUUCUGUACAGAUAGAGGGUGAAGGAGCCAUCAACGUGGCCAUUGGGCAGAACAGAGGUCAGGAGGUCAGGGUGAACGGACCAAUCGGUGCAUCCGGUCAGAUGAGGAUGGAUUUGGGAUUCCCAGGACAACCAGGCACAGGAGGCAUGAGAAUGAGCAACCCAUCGAUGGUCCCCCCUUGCCCCAGUAUGUCUGGACAGGCAAUGGUUCCCGGCAGCAGUGGACAGAUGCACCCCAGACCCCCCUCACAGACUGAUGCAAUGGGCCCCAUGAUGUCCUUGCAGCAGCAGCUUCAGCGUCCCCAGGCUGGCCCCUACGGCCAAGGACCCAUGCCCCCCCAGGCAGCUCACCACAUGCAGACCAUGCAGGUGGGUAGGCAGCUCAACCCAGCUGCCCUCCAGCAGCUGCAGCAACAGCAGCAGGCCCAGCAACAAGCCCAGCUCUCCCAGCUUGGUGGCCCCCGUCCCCCCUUCAACCCUUCUGGCCAGAUGCCUGUACCCUCCGGCUGGAACCAGCUCCCCUCAGGGGUCCUCCAGCCCCCGCCAACCCAAGGAGGACCCAUGGGCCCAGCCUGGAGGAAGGCCCCUCCCCAGGCCCAGAUGACUCAACGUCCCCCCUCGCUGGCUACGGUCCAGACCCCCAGCCACCCUCCACCUCCGUACCCGUUUGGUAGCCAACAGGCUGGCCAGGUGUUUAAUGCUAUGGUGCAGGGGCAGCUCCAGCAACAACAGCAGCCAGGAGCUGGUCAGUUUGCGGCCCCCCAGCCUAAAGGUCCACAAGGUGGGCAUGGAGGGGUGGCAGGACCCCCUAGACCUCCACCACCUCUGCCUCCUUCAGCAGGGCCUCAGGGAAACCUCACAGCCAAGUCUCCUGGGUCUUCACCUUCCCCCUUCCAGCAGGGUUCUCCAGGGACUCCUCCCAUGAUGGGUCAGGCCCAGCUGGGCCUGCGACCUACGACCCCACAGGGUUUCCCUCAAGGGGUGGGCUCACCGGGCAGGGCGGUACUGGGACAGCAGGGUAACAUGCAGCAAGUGUUCAUGGGAAUGCCCCAACAUGGGCAGGCUGGACCUCAGGUUCAUCAAGGAGGAAUGGGAGGCAUGCCCAAUCGUCUGCCCAUGGGGUUCCCUAACGUCCCAGGGAACCAGAACUUUGUCCAGGGUCAAGUGACUAGCGCCCCAGGAACCCCUGGGGGAGGAGCCAAUCCCCAGCUCCAGAGCACCCAGGCAAUGGCACACACAGUGAUGAAGACAUGGAUGUCUCAUGGGGCCCAGUCAUCAGUCUCCAACCCCAACACCAUCCAAGGUCCAUCCCACUCCCAGCCCAACGUCAUUGGCCUCCACAGUGGCAUGGACGGCCAGCCCCCAGGCACUACCUCAGGCCCCAGUAUGGGCCAGCCCGGCAUCCAGACCCAGAUGAUGGGCCUCCAGGGCCAGCCUGUGUCCUCGUCCCCCAGCCAGAUGGUCCAGGGUGGGGGUCCGGGGCAAACGGUCCUCUCCAGACCCCUCAACCCCGGGCAGAGAGGAGGCAUGACCCCACCCAAGCAGCUGAUGCCCCAGCAGGGCCAAGGGGUGAUGCACGGCCAGGUGGUUGGAGGGCAGGGGCACCAGGCGAUGCUCUUACAACAGCAGCAGCAACAACAACAGCAAAACUCCAUGAUGGAACAGAUGCAACAGAUGCAAGGAAACAAACAGGCGUUUGGGGUGAAAGGUCAAGCCGGGGUCAUGCCAGGUCAGAUGAUGCGGGGUCCGUCUCCUAACGUGCCCGGUAACAUGUCUCAGUUCCAGCAAGCUCAGGUGGGCCAACAGCAGCAGCAGCAACAGAUGACUCCACAGCAGCAGCACCAACAGCAGCAGCAAAUGGCUCAACUCCAACAACAGCAGCAGCAGCAACACCAGCUACAACAGCAGCAACAACAACAGAUGACCCAGCAGCAGCCCCAACAAGUCCCCAUGGGCGGCAACCCCAACCAGGCCAUGGGUAUGCACGGUCAACAGAUGAGACUCCCCAGUGGUCAUCCUCUGGUCCAGCAGCAGCUACAGCAGCAGCAGCUCCAACAACAACAGAAACAACAACAAGCCAUGCUACAACAGCAGCAACAACAGGCCACGCAACAACACCCACACGCUCUCGGAGAACCCAGUGGCUGCACAGGCGACAUGGGCAGUGUCCAACAAAUGCUCCAGGACAUGCAGGGUCAGCAACAGCAGCAAGGCAUGAUGGGAAUUGGAGGCCCCCAGCACAUGCAGGUGGGCAACGGCCACUUCUCGGGUCAUGGGAUGAACUUCAACCCCCAGUUCGGGGGUCAAAUGCCCAUGAGUGGGCCGUGCGCUCAGGCAGGGGGGUUCCCAGUGAACAAGGACGUGACGCUGACCAGUCCUCUCCUGGUCAACCUGCUCCAGAGUGAUAUCUCGGCCAGUCAGUUUGGACCUGGGGGGAAGCAGGGGGCUGGAGGACCUGGCCAGGCCAAACCCAAGAAGAAGAAACCACCACGCAAGAAGAAGCCCAAAGUAGGGGAGGGACAGCAGCCGAUGGAGGGGCUAGGGUGUCUGGAAGUGGGUGCUGGCCUGGAGGACCCAGAGCUGCCAGGACCGAGUGGGGAACAGGGGGUGGGCAUGGACCCUUCUGGACCCAAACUUUCAGACUUCACCAACAGGCCUGCAGGUUUCCCAGGUCAGCCUGGAGACCAGAGAGUCCUACAGCAGGUGCCCAUGCAGUUCAUGCAGCAGCAGCAGCAGCAGCAACAACAACAACAACAACAACAGCAACAACAAAUGCAGCAUAUGCAACAGCAGCAGCUGCAACAGCAGCAGCAGCUGCAGCAACAGCAAAUGCAGCAGCAGCAACAGCAACAGCUGCAGAUGCAACAGCAGAUGCAGGGAAUGCAGGUUCCUCCAGGACAGCAGCAGGGGGUGGCUGGAGCUCUGGGUCAGACUCAAGGCCAGCCACAGAUGCACCCUCAUCAGCUACAACAACAAAAGCAGCAACAACCACACCAUCAGCAGCAGCAACAGCAGCAGCAGAUGCUGAUGAUGAUGAAGAUGCAGCAGGAGCAGGCUAAAAGCCGGAUGCCCCUCCAUCCAGGCGGGCAGCACCCCCCCAGAGGCAUGGUGAACCCCGGGGAGGCCCAGAGGAUGCCUGGCUCCCAGCAGGGCAACAUGCCCGUCAUGAUCAACCUCCAGGGGCACGGAGGAGUGCCCCCCUCCCCAGACAAACCCAGAGGGAUGCCCCUCAUGGUCAACCCACAGAUGGCUGGGGCAGCCCGGCGGAUGUCUCACCCCGAGGCAGGACCUGGUCCCCAGGGUACAGGGGCUGAAGAGGCCCCUGGUGGGCUCCACUCCCUGCAGGACAGACCCGGGGGCCAGGAGAUGGUGAUGCAGUCUGGGAACGGGGCCCAACAGAUGGUGGUGAACCAGGGCCCAAACGCCCACAUGAUGAAGCAAGGCCUCGGCCCCUCACCAAUGCCCCAGCACCCUGGAGCCAGCCCUCAACAGCAGUUGCCCCCUCAGCCCCAGCAGGGUGGCCCCAUGCCAGGCCUCCACUUCCCUAACGUCGCCACCACCUCCCAGAGCUCCAGGCCGAAAACACCCAACCGGGCCAGUCCCAGGCCCUACCACCACCCUCUCACCCCUACCAACCGUCCUCCCAGCACUGAGCCCUCUGAGAUCAACCUCUCCCCUGAGAGGCUGAACGCCUCCAUUGCAGGCCUGUUUCCACCGAAGAUCAACAUCCCUCUGCCCCCCAGGCAGCCCAACCUCAGCCGGGGCUUCGACCAGCAGGGUGGGCUCAACCCCACCACUCUCAAAGCCAUAGGACAGGCCCCUCCCAGCCUAACUAUGCCCAGCAACAAUGGAAGUGGUGGAGGUAACUCUAACAACAGUCAGCAGUCUUUCCCUACAGGCAGUGGAAUGGCCAACUCAGGCCAGGGGAAACAGGACAAGCAGUCUGGAGGAGGGCAGGCUAAAAGGGCUAGUCCCAGUAACAGCCGCAGAUCCAGCCCUGCCUCCGGCCGCAAAGCCACUACCCCCAGCCCGGGGAGGCAGAAGGGGGCCAAGAUUGCCCUAACCUCCCCUCCUCACCAGCAAUACAUAGUCAACCCCCAGACAGCGCAGACCAUGAUGUUGAGCCCUACCCCAGUGCCUCCUAGCCCGGUCUCUAUCCCACCAGCGGUUGGGGUGGGCCUGGAGGCCCAUCAGAUCCAGAGCCCCUUCCAGGGGUUCCAGGGUAACACAGCUGAGAUGCCCAGGGAAGGGCAAGGAAUGGCAGGUGUAGAGCAGCGGCAGAUGCCCCAGCCUCUGAGGGAGCUCCCCGCCUCCCGGAUAGCUAGCCCUCGUGUCCCAACUCCUCAGGAGGCUAAAGCUGGGCUUGAGCACACGAUGGUAGCAGGGGAGAGGCAGCCUGUACAGAAAGCUCCUCAGCAGGAGUUUGUAUCUGUGUAUGAGGCCUCUCAUGCUUUCAGGGAUGCUCCUACCUCCCUCAACCAGCUGCUGGAUAACGCAGCCACCCCCAGCGUGCCUGCCAGGCCCACUCGGAGUGCUCUGGCUGGGGAUACUAUCUGCAAGGAGAGCACAAAAGCCUCCAUAGAUCAAGAUAACCCAUCCAGUGCUUUUCAGAGCUCAGAUGUGGGGGCUACUGCUGUUGCUACUGCUGCUGCUGUGAACGAGCCAGAAGCUAAACCCAAGCCCAGCUCAACCCCCAGCUCCAAACUCCCAAAUCCAGCCGGUAGUCCUAACCUGCAGCCUAAUGCAAGCCCUAAUCUUAAUGCUAAUCCCAGCCCUAGCCCCAAUCUAAACCCGACUGCUAGCCCCAACCUAAACUCUAACUCCAGCCCUACUCUAAACCCUACUCCUAGUCUCCGUGUCAGUGUGGGCGCUAGCCCCAACACAGCCACAGUCAGUCACAGUAGUCCCAGCCUCAACGUUUCCCCCAGCCCAAACCCUAACUCAAACCCUGCAGUUAGCCGCAAACCAAUCCCCAGCCCUAAACCCCUGGCCAGUGUGUCCACAGUCCUGCAGAUCCCUGCGUCCUCUGCCACCAUCUCCCCCAACAAGAUAACCGUGUUUGUCACCUCCAACCCUAUCAGUUCCACCUCCACCACCCAGGCACCCCCAGCCGUCGUCUCCACUAUGGUGGCCAUGCCCAAUAAGAACAUCAGACCCCAGCAGCUCAGCCAUCAGACCACUGCCCCCCGGCCCCAAUUCAUUACCACGCCUGUGUUUAUUAAUACCGGUACCCCAAUCUUCCAGGUCCCCUCUGCGUCUGUGGCCCCCAACACCACAAUGGUGUCCCAGCCGAUCACCAUGGAAGGACCCAUACAGGUGUCCACCACUAAUAUCCAGCUCACCACUGCUCCAACCCAGGCCCAAGCCCCAGUCACAGGCUCUGCCUGGACCCAGGCUUCUGUGGUCAGUGUGGCCAGCACCCAGCCUGCCCGAACGCUUGGUGAGCAGGUCCAGAUGGCCACUAGACAGGCUUCCCCUGUCCCUGUUAGUAACCUGCCUCCUCCCCAGCAGCAAAGCCCUAGCACUCCCAAGCCAGAGACCCCUGGUGAGGCGCCCCCCGGCCAGAAAUCCAGCCCGCCAGUUAGGCAGCCGUCCGGCCGUCCCAGCCCCUAUCCCAAAGCCUCUGCGUCUGCCAUGUCUCCCUUCCAGCAGCCCUUAGGGUCCCCUCCUCCAUGCUCCCCCUCCCCGGCUGCCCAGGGCAAGCCUGUCCAGGCUCCUGGCUCUGCACCAUUGAGUAGUCCACCAGAUUCCCAGCAGGUUUCUAAGGAACGGCCAGCCCAGCCUUUAGGGGGGGUUUCCCAGCUCCAGACAGGUCUGAACGCUGGGGAUAUGCCCCCUCAUACUUCCCCUGCAUCUCUCACCCAGACUGAGGCCACGGUGUCUGGAGCACAGACUCAGACUGCUUCUGCUGCUGCUCCGAAAGUCACCACUCGUCCUCCUCCCGUAUCAGCUCCAACUCCUGUCCGUGCUCAACCUGCUGCACCAGCCCAGUCCCCUGUUUCUGCCCCAGCCUCUACCCCCACCACCCCUCCUCCAGUCUUAGUCCCUGUCAACACCCCAAUCCCUACUACUGCCCCUGUUCCUACCACUGCUACGUUUCUCCCUGAUCCGGCUCCUCCUUCAGCCCCAGUCCCGGUACCAAAUCUCUCCCAAUCUACCUCUCCUGUUGCUGCCACCCCUGGACCCUCCAAUCCCCCCAGGGACUCCUCAGCCAUAUCCUCCCCAGCGGCCCCUACCUCUACUGGGGCUCAGCCUGUCCCCACAGCCAUGGAGGCUCCCAGCCAGCCAGCCCCACCAGAGGCCCCAGCACCUGCGGCGAAUACCCAGAUCACCCCAGUGUCAGUCCAACCUGAACCGCUACAGCAAGUGGAGCCUGCAGCUACCGAAAAGACUGCAGAAGAAGUUGCCACUGUAACCGAGCAAGGAUGGGCAAAGAAAAGAAAGACGCCCGUCAACUUAGUCUCAAGGGCUGCCGUGGAGAAGCCGAAGGGUCCUAGCAGACGGAGCUCGCGGGCCGACAAGGAGGUGGAGGAGGAGACUGUGGCAGACAGCAUGCAGAGGAAGAGACCGGCCAGGCCUGGAGCCAGUGCCGCUGCUAAAGAAACAGGUGCCAGUCCUACCCAGGCUAAGAGAAGGAAGUCUAAAUGACCACAGUAGUGAAACCCUUGAACUGAACUGUAAAUGUAUUUUUGUCUGUCAAUCAUUCGAUGAGCUUUUUUUCUCCAGGAUUAUGAAUUUUUGAUGGUGAAAAUGUACAGAUAAUUAUUUGAAAAAUAAUUGUUUAUGUUUUGUCCCUGCUAUCAUGUGAGGUUGUAGCUAGGAUGCGUUUGUGUGUGUUUAAUUAAUCAUGUGAAGACUGAUAAUAAAACUUCCCUCAAUUGUAUAAUUAUGUUGUAAAACUGAAUAAAUUUUCUACUACUUA